AGCGCGCGCUGCAAUUCCAGUACGGGACGGUUGAGAUGUGUGUCCGGGAAUGUCAUGAGUAAAACGUUUCGCAAACCAUCUGUCCCAAGCCGGCUGUCUGAAGUGAAUUCCGAAGGAUGACUUUUACACGUUUCUGAGGAUAAUUUCAACUUCAAAAACAUCGAGUCUGUCUUGGUGGAAUUUGAUAAAACGCAAAGGAUUGUUUUUAAAAACGGACUUCACUACGAACAGGGGGAGCAGCGAAGCCAUAAUUUGAGUAUGGGUCCCGAGGAGUCACUUGACAUUAUGGGCCCUCCGGCUGUGACUUUGCGUUCCCCUUCCAAUCGUCACCUGAUCGAGCUCGACCCCUGGAGAAGACACAGCUGGGAGCCCGGAGCCGUGGCGCAGGGGUGUAUUCCCAAUGACACCCGCAGUGCAAGUCUGGAGGAUCUGGACCCAGACGAGAUGGCCUUAGUGCUGAAUGGUGCAUUGAGGUCUAAGAGAGCUCGAGAGUCCCGGAGAUCUGUCACUCAAAUUUCCCUCACAUCACUUACAGAGGAGGAAGUCGGAGUUGAACAUCAAGAACAUCAUCGCUCGGCGCUGGAGGAACAGUCUAAUCACAUGCAUGGCUGCAGUGCCUCCGCCCCCAGUCUGUGUAUUAUGCGGCCAAGGAGCUCUGCCCCUCGCCCACGCUCUUACGGCCAUGACAGUGUUUCGUACCACCAGUUUGGAGGAUCAUCUCACAGUAUUGACAGUGAGUGUUUAGAAUUCGACAGAGGCCAAAUAAAGGAAGAGGGAGACGAAAACAAAAGGGAUACGUCAGGAAAUCGCCUGGAGCGAACCCUAAGCUUCCUGCGCAGGAUGGCCGCCCAGCGUAAGAAUAAGGAGAAGGAACGCAUGAGAGAGAGAGAAAGAGAAGCGAGGGAGAGAGAGGCACGCUACAGUAACGGCCACCUCUUCAACUGUCUUACUGUGUCUGGAACAACGCUAUGCUCGGCCUGCAACAAGAGCAUCACGGCUAAAGAGGCUCUUAGCUGCCCGACUUGUAACGUCACCAUCCACAAUCGCUGCCGGGACACGUUGCCGAACUGUGUGAAAAUGAAACAAAAGCAGCAGAAACUGGCGCUGAUGAGGAACAAUUCGGCCUAUCAGAACGUGACGUUGAGGAACAAAGCACAUUUAAAAGAUAGACCCAGCUCAGCCAUUUACCCUUCAGACAGUCUUCGGCAGUCACUGCUAGGUGCUCGACGCGGGCGAUCUUCUCUCUUAUUGUCCAAAAGCGUCUCAACCAACAACAUUGCAGGGACUCUGAAUGAUGACUCUCCUCUGGGACUGCGCAGGAUCUUGUCCCAAUCCACAGACUCUCUCAACUUCAGGAGCAGGACCAUGUCCAUGGAGUCACUUAACGAUGAGGGAGAGGGAUACUUCAAUUCUUUGUUGGAAGAGCUGGAGUACGAGGGGCGGGAAUUUGAAGCGGAUUCCUGGAGCAUGGCCGUUGACUCUGCUUACCUGCAGACCCACCGUAAAGACGUUAUCAAGAGACAGGAUGUCAUUUAUGAGUUGAUCCAGACGGAGAUUCACCACGUGCGGACGCUUCGGAUCAUGGAGGGGGUGUUUAGACGGGGUAUGCUUGAAGAGGUGCAGCUGGAGCCGGGGGUCGUACAUGCGCUGUUCCCCUGCCUGGAGCGACUGCUGUCGCUGCAUACACAUUUCCUCAACCAGCUCCUCGCUCGCCGCUCCCACAGCCUUCAAAAUGACAGCACUAAUAAUUUCACCAUCACCCAGAUCAGUGAUGUGCUUAUGAAACAGUUUUCAGGUCAAUGUGCAGAUGAAAUGCUGAAGGCCUACGCCGAAUUCUGCAGUCGUCACAUGAAAGCUGUCAAACUGUACAAAGAGCUGCUGGCUAGAGACAAGAGACUCCAGCUCUUCGUACGGAGGGCGAGUCGGGGACCUCUGCUCCGUCGUCAUGGGUUCCAAGAGUGCAUCCUGCUGGUUACCCAGCGCAUUACCAAAUACCCCGUCCUGGUGCAGCGUAUCUAUGACAACACCAAAGACAAUCCCGAGGAAGCUGCAGGCCUGUCUCAAGCUCUGUGUCACAUACGCGAGCUGCUCAGCUCCAUAGAUCAUCAGGUGAUGGAGCUGGAAAGGACACAUCGGUUACAGGAGAUCCGUUCCAAGGUCGACCCGCGUGCCGAGGCUAAACUCCGCUCUGGAGCUUUGUUUAAACCGGCAGAAUUUCUCCGCAGACAAUUGAUCCAUGAAGGGACGCUACUCUGGAAAACCCCCAGCUCUCGACUCAAAGAUGUUCAUGUUCUGUUGAUGACGGACAUUUUAGUUUUCUUGCAAGAGAAGGAUCAAAGGUUCAUCUUUGCCAGUUUGGAUAAGUCGGCAGUUGUUUCGCUGCAGAAUCUAUUGAUCAGAGAUAUAGCCAAUCAGGAGCGAGGGCUGUUCCUGAUCAGCGAGUCCAGCCCACCUGAGAUGUACGAGCUUUACGCUGCAUCCAAAGAGGAUAGAAACACCUGGAUACGGCUCAUCCAGCAAACCAUCAGCAGCUGUCCCUCAAGAGAAGAAUUCCCGUUAAUAGAAACAGAAGAUAAGGCCCUUCUGCGAAGACUCAAAGCUGAUAUCCAGCAGAAGGACAGGGAGGUGUUAGAGCUUCUUCAGGAGCGGGUAACCUUGUUUUCUGACAUGGCAGAGGUUAUGGGAGGUUACGAGAUCGCCCUGCCGCCUUGUUCCAGAAACCUUUUUAGAGCCGAUUCUUCUCAGGCCCCGCAGGGAGAACAGCUACUCACUCACGCCAUAACCGAAGUGGACAGGUUGACAGAGCUGCUGUUAGGAUCUGAUUUUGAGAUUUCUGUGCCCUGCAGUUCCAACGGCCACCACAACCACACUGGAGCGCUAGUAAUCAAUGGUCAAGAGGUGCUAGUCAAUGGCUCUCAGGAAAACCAAGCUGCUCAGGAUGGAAAUGGGAAUCAAAUGGCAGACAAAAUAUCUAGUGAGGGGGUGUCACAAAGACUGGUUAAUCUCAGUGCACAACUACACGCUCUGCAGGGUGUGGUGAUACAACAAGACUCCAUCUUAGAGCUCACCCUACGGGAGAACCCUGUGUCUCCAGCCACUACAGUGUUUCGUGCGGUUCGCUCUAUGUCCCGGGAUGCCGCGAGUGACGUAGGCUCGAUGGGCGAGCUGACGCUGCUGCAACGGCAACACAGUCUCUUACAGGAGGAGCUUGUGCGACUCAGGGUAGCUGAAGGAAAACUCAGGGAGAGCGAGAGAGCAAGAGCCCAGCUGGAAAAACAGCUCAGGGAUCUUAAGAGCAAUAGUGCCGCUCCAGUGGACAGUACUGGAACUACAGGCUCACAGGCCCCACCCACUCGCAGAGAGAGCGAUACGGACCCCAACCCUGACAUACCAUUGGUCAGUCAGGAAUCUAUGGACCAAUCGGAUGGCUUGCAGGAAUGCAGUGACGUAGAAGUGGACGUGAUAUCCGAUGAUGAUGAUGACGACGACGACGACGACGACCAGGUGGAUUCUAGGAGGUCUCCUCGUUCAGAAAGUCCCAGAGAUUUACAAGACAUUCCCGAGGAAAGCGAGUCAGCCGUGGAUUCCCGGGGACCCUGCGAAUCAAACUGCUAAUAUUUUUCAAUUCUCAAUAAGACUGACCUGUGUCUGAGGGGAACGGACUCUAGACUGAGCAAGUCUUCCUCCUAACAGGACAAAAGAAAUCAUAUUUAGUGAAAAUACAUUUCAUUGUACAUGUACAGUAUUUAGGUUUAUCCAGUAAUUUUGCUUAAAGCUUCUAUGUGGAUGUUUGUGGCAUGUUAAUAUUCAACAUGCCUUCUUUUUUUGUAUCAUAUGAAUCAUAUAGCGUUUGACAUCCAUUGACCAAUUGUGAUUUGGAGAUGGAGUCAUGCACAUGGGACUUUGCACUUGAUAGUGGAAUGAGACAGUAUCUAAAUCAACCAAAUGUAACUGUUUUAUGACCCAGCUCUCAAGGGUACCUGCAGUAACCAUUCAGAUUUUAUACGUACUGUAUGUGAGAUACUAACACAUACUCGUAACAUAUAUAUGAAUGUAUACAUAUAUAUGUUUUUGCUGUAGAACACAAGGCCAGAAUAGAGCUUUUUUUUAAAACGUAAAACGUAUUAGUUCAUGAGAGGUCUUUGUGAUGCUUUAUUUUAAAUUAUUUAUUUUGGUCGGAGAGAUUAAAUGUUAAUAGAAAGCUUAACAAGCGAAAGAAGUCCGCAACAAUGAUCCGGGACCAAUUUCUAUGGCUAUUUUAUGGACAUUGUUGUAAUAGUUUAAUGAUCGCUAGGUUUUAACAAAACCGAGGGCUCUUUUAUGAUAAAAAAUAUAUUGCAGUUGACUGCAAUACAUAGAGAUAUAUUUGCAUCUAUAGCAAAGAACGUAAUAACCCAGGAACGGUUUUUUUUUAUUGGUUUCUAAGCCACAGUGUGCGUUUAUUUUGUAAAUGCAAGAUGGUUUAUCGACUGAAAUGUAUCACAAAUAUCUGCCAGUAAUUUCAACUUGAUGUGUCUUACUACAAUUUCCUUAAUUCUUUCAGUUUGGUUAAGAAUGUUUUUGCAACUACUUGAUUUUGUGCCAAAAUUUGCUUGACUGAAUAUUGCUCAAAUGUAUUAUGCUUUUGUUCGGUUCAACAUUUCAGGAAGCAGAUAUUAUUGUAUGGCGUCGUUCUUCAUACUGUAAAGCUGAACAAAACAUAGGAUUUAUAGAUGUCACAUAAAAUGUUUGUAUGGAAAAUGGGAUGUACAAAGUUUAUACAAUGUUUUCGAUAUUGAAGUGGAUAUAGAAGACUGAGUUAAGGAAUUAAAACAGUUCAUAUACAA